CAAUUUCGGACACAAUACUCAGUAAAUCGCGAAACCCUCGAACAAUCCUCCUCAGCGAUAUCGACAUCAAUCCGACAAAAUGGCGCCCAAGAAGACCACCAAGACCUCUGACAGCAUCAAUGCUAAGCUUGCGCUGACUAUCAAGUCCGGCAAGGUCACCCUUGGCUACAAGUCGACGCUGAAGAGCCUGCGAUCCGGCAAGGCCAAGCUCAUCAUCAUUGCUGGCAACACUCCUCCGCUCCGCAAGUCCGAGCUCGAGUACUACAGCAUGCUCGCCAAGACCGCCGUCCACCACUUCGGAGGCAACAACAUCGAACUCGGCACCGCUUGCGGUAAGCUCUACCGAUGCUCCACCAUGGCCAUCCUCGACGCCGGUGACUCCGACAUCCUCAGCAGCAACCCUGCGUAA